UGCAUGUACUCUUCUAAUUAAGCAAUAAACUAAGCAGCCAAUCAAUUAACCAAUCAAUCAAUAGUUGACAAGCCUCCUCUGUUUUAAUUGAACAACCUCCUCUGUUUUUAACUCCUCCCAAAUUCUUGCUCCCAAAAUUAAAGUCCUAAACACAUUGCCCUAACUCACUAAUACUAAAGCUUCCGCACCAAAUUCCAACAGUGGUAUCAAAGCCACAAAUUCUAACAGUUGAAAUGCAGAAAUAUGACGCUGUGGUGGGAGACACAACAAUUAUAGCUGAUUGCUCAUUAUAUGUAGAUUUUACGUUGCCUUAUUCUGAAUCAGGAGUUUCCAUGAUAGUUUUGACAGAGGACAGUGAGAGGAAUAGUCUUUGGAUUUUCUUGAAGCCACUAAGCUUGGAUCUUUGGUUGACAACCGGCGUAGCCUUCAUAUUUACAGGUUUUGUAAUAUGGCUUCUUGAGCACCGGGAAAACACCGAGUUCAGAAGUCCUGCACAGCAACAACUUGGCAUGAUAUUCUGGUUCUCGUUUUCAACCCUCGUCUUUGCACACAGUAAGUUCUCUUGUCCUUGGCAAGCAUUUCUGUGAGUUUUUCUUAACAACAGCAAAUCAGAAUAUGUGAUUGAACAUGAUUAUUUAACAAUGUAUUAUGUAUACUAAUUAAGAUCGAUGCUAUUUCCAAUGUCAUACGAGUGAAAGUGGUGAACAAUUGGUCAAGGUUUGUGCUGAUUAUAUGGGUUUUUGUGGUACUGAUCCCAACAGAGUUACACUGCAAGAUUAGCCUCAAUGUUAACAGUACAGAAGUUGCAGCCUGCAUUCACUGAUAGAAAAGAGAUACAAAGAAAUGGUUACAAAGUAGGAUAUCAAAAUAGUUCCUUUAUUAAAGGGUUUCUCGUGGAACAUUUGCAUUUUGCUGAGGCCAAUUUGGUGCCAUUGGUAACCAUUCCGGAUUAUCAUGAGGCACUAUCUAGAGGAAACAAGAAUAGAGUUGCUGCCAUUUUAGAUGAAGUCCCUUGCCUCAAGUUGUUCCUUAAAAAGAACUGUUCCAAGUACACCAUGGUUGGACCAACCUACAAAACUGAUGGAUUUGGCUUUGCUUUCCCAUCAAGGUCCUCGCUGGUAUCCUACAUGUCAAGGGCAAUCUUCAACGUGACUCAAGAUAAAAAUGAGAUGGAUAAAAUUCAGUCGACUUACUUUGAUUACUGUUAAUGCUCAAAAGUCUGGCGGUAACCAAACCUUGGUCUAACGCUGGUCCGGCAGGCGGACCGCUACUCUGCCGCUCUGAGGAUUACUGCUAGCCGCCAAACACAAGACAGGGCGUUAGAGGG